AUGGAGAAAGUAUCUAAAGCCAAGCUGCUACGAGUGACUGUCAACAACAAACUGUCUUGGAAUGACCAUAUCGAAGAAGUAAUUAAGAAAGCAGCCCGUAGAUUAUAUUUUCUUGUUCAAUUGAAACGAGCUAAUGUCCCUGUAGAAGAAUUGUGGCAUACUAUUCUUCAUGCAUUCAAACUACUCUGGAUUAUGCUUGUCCCUUAUUUCACAAUUCCCUUCCAAAGUAACUUCAACAAGAAUUGGAGAAAAUCCAAAGGAUUUUGUUGGGGAAGGUCGAGCACAGAAUUGAAUAUGGAUUCAGUAUGGCAAAGAGGCAAAGGUGGAGUUGCAGUUUUGUGGCGAAAAGAGUUAAAUGCAAGAAUUAAUAUCUUAGAGGAACUAGGAAAUGAUAGAAUUAUUGUUGUGCAGGUACGGUUAUCACCUACUGUAUGCAUGUUUAUUUUGAGUGUUUACCUACCAUCUUCUAACACUUCAAUCACAAAAUAUCGAGAGUGUCUCGAAGUCCUUGACGAUGUAGUUGACAACUUGUAUGAAAAGGGAAUUAUUGUUCUGGCAGGAGAUUUUAAUGGUCAUAUUGGAAAAUAUGGUGGGCCUCGAAGUUUUGAUACUACAAAUCGACAAGGACUAGCCCUUAUCGAUAAGUUCAAAUUUUGGAAUUUGAGAUCUGUCAACUCACAAACAUUUACCACUGGACCAGUGGAAACCUAUUUUGCUCAACAAGGUGAGCAGUUAAGCACAACUGACCAUAUAUUUAUGAAAGUGGAUGAAUUGCAUCAUGUUCGUUACUGCUAUGUGGACGAAGACCACAGUGAUAACUUAUCCUUCCAUCUUCCUAUAUGUUGCUGCUUGACAUUUCCUGUCAAAUGGAUAAAGCCUCUUCCCAAUGAUACGAAACGUCGUGUCUCGUGGAAAAAGAUCCAGAAUCCAUUCGUCUUGAAAAUGUAUCAAAAACUUGUGAGUAGAAAACUUUCAUGUUUCAACUCCUAUACGAUGGCUGGUGAACAGGAUAUUGAAUACGUUUUAUCUGGAAUUACACAGAUCUUAUCAUCUUCUGCUAAAGAGAUUCUGCCCUGCAAGAGAAAUCGCCCCAUUCUACGUCCUUAUUGGAAUAAUGAUCUCAAAAAUGCGCGUACAAAGUCAAGGGAAUGUCGAAGGAAAUGGAUAGCAGAAGGGCGACCGAGAAAUUCUGAUAACGCAUCAUUUCGAGAAUAUAAGGCAGCAAAAUGUGAAUUUCGAAAACUUUUCCGUAGAAAAUGUUUUGAACACGAAAGAAAUGAAUUCUCCAACAUGGAUGAAUUUUAUGAUAAAGAUCGUUCACGCUUCCAGAAAGAAAUUUCAGCUAAACAGAAAUCAGUUUCAGGGGUAUGUAAUGAAUUAAAAAUUGAUGGCAGAUUAAUUACUGAGAAAGAGGAACUUCUAUCCGUGUGGAAAGCUCAUUAUGAACAACUAUAUACGCCUAAAGAGUCCCCUGUAUAUGACGAACAAUUUAAAGUUUUUGUGGAACAACAGCUGAAAGAGUAUGUGGAUCUUAGUGCUAAUGUUACCAAUGACGUAUUAGAAACACCGUUUACUACAGAGGAAGUAAGCAACCUUUGUUUAAAGUUGCCAAAUAACAAAGUUGGUGGAAUGGAUGAACUUGUAUACGAACACGUCAAGUAUGCUGGGAAGCAGUUCUUUGCUGUCCUGACUGACGUUUUCAAUGCAAUUAGAGCAUUGGAAGCUAUUCCUAAAUCUGUCGAAAUUGGUGUUAUCUAUUCCCUAUUUAAAGGGAAAAAGAAGAAUAAAUUAGACAAAGAUAAUUACAGAGGUAUCACCCUUCUUAAUGUUAUUGGCAAAAUAUUAGAACGACUUAUCCUUAAUCGAAUGAUGCCAAUAUUAAUUAAAAAUGGAGUUCCAGAUAAGAUGCAAUUUGCAUAUCAAAAAGGAAAAAGCUGUGUUCAGGCCAGUUUUGUAUUGCAAGAAGCGAUUCACCAUGCAGUUGAGAGAGAAAGCAAAGUUUAUGCAUGUUUUUUGGAUAUUUCAAAAGCUUUCGAUUGUGUUUGGAUGGAUGGUCUCUUUUUCAAACUGUUCAAUCUUGGAAUACAGGGCAAGUCAUGGAGAUUAUUAAAGAAAUGGUAUUCAAAUCUGUCUUGUCGUGUGGCUCAUAAUGAUUUGCUCUCAGAACCAUUUCUCAUUCGCCAAGGUAUUCGGCAAGGUGGAGUUAUAUCGCCAUGGUUGUUUUUAUGCUUUAACAAUGAUAUAAAUGCAGAGUUAAGUACGAUGAACGUUGGAAUUAAUAUUGACUCAUUAAUUUCCGUGAAAAAUGUUCUAAUAGCUGACGAUGUCGCAUUGUUAUCCCUAAGUGUCAAUGGUCUACAAAAAAUGAUAUCAACUAUGGAAGCGUACAGCAAAAAAUGGAGAUUCGACUAUAAUGUAACAAAGACGAAUAUUAUCACAUUUGGAGAACAUGUAAAUACACAUAGACGUAAUGUUCAACAAAGAUGCUGGACACUUUAUGGAAAACAGAUUAAGGAGAAGUUGUCAUCUGAACAUGCUGGCAUUCGUCUAAGUGGAAAUUUUUCGAGCACAGAGCGUACACUGGAGAUGGCACGGAAAGGCAAGGCAGUAGUGUCAAGUUUGAUGAGUGCAGGAGUUCGUCCUGCCGGUUUAAAUCCAAUUUGUGGAAUUAACAUAUGGACAACAGUUGGUUUGCCGACAAUGUUAUUCGGAGGUGAGUUGUGGAGUAACAUCACAAAAACUGAGUAUGACAUACUUGAACGAGUGAAUCGUUUUGCAGCAAAGCGAGCUCAAGGUCUUGCACCAUCAACGCGAUCAGAAGCCGCACUUGGAAGUUUGGGACUAUGGACAAUUGAGGGACAUAUCGAUAAAGUACAACUGAUGUUUCUUCAUAAAUUAUUAUCAUUGAAACCAACGAAUGUGGACAAAAUUAUAUUUGUUGUUAGAUUAUCAUCUUUUUUCAAUGAUGUGACUAAGAAGAAAAUGGGAUUUAUUCCAAACAUCGUUAGAAUUUUAAAUAAAUAUGGACUUGGGGAUUAUCUCACCACCUACAUACAAACAGGUCAAGUCCCAACUAAAUCUUCAUGGAAAUCAUUGGUUAAAGCAAGUAUUCGUCAAUUUCAAUUACAGAGUUGGAGACAGGGCUUGCAUAUCAAACCAGAACUUGGAUAUUUUCGGGACGUUCAUACUGAACUGCAGCCUCUAGAAUUGUGGAACACAGCGAAGCGGAACCCAAUGUACCUCAAACUUAUAGCAACACUGGUAAAUCUUCUAUGUGGAAAUAUUCCGUCAAAACUUAGUGAUGUUGUGGAAGAUCAGGGUGAACAGAAGAUCUGUAGGAUAUGUCAUGGAUCAAUAUUGGGAACCCUUAAACAUUUUAUAAUGGACUGCCAAAGCGUAUCGAUAGAAAGAGAAUUAUUGUGGGACAAUUUACAGGACCAAUUGAGUUUAAAUAUUUGUGCUAGCAUUUUUAACCAAGAUGAUAACGGCAUGCUU